UUCGACUUUUUUGGUCCACAGUUUAGCCGGUGCAACCCGAUAUAUUUUUGGUUUAUUUAGUAACCUAACUUUGUGUUUGGAAGUUAUAUUUGAACCAUAAUGGGUGGUGAUGCUCCUGCCACUACCUCAGGAUGACAGGAUGACAGGAUGGCGAGUCCUGGCCUGCCAGACAGCCUGGUGCUGGAGAUCUUCCUGCAUCUGCCCCAUGCUACCGUGCUGAGGGCCGGCCAGACAUGCCUCCAGUGGUUCGCUGUGUCCCGGGACGAGUUCCUGUGGAGGGAGCUAUUCUACACCUACUACCGCAUCCCACGCUCUGUGCCCCGCCACCCAGCGGCUGUGUCGUGGUACAGGGAAUUUAAGCGGCUCUAUGACUGCAUCCCCUGCGUGGAGGUGCAAGUGCUGAAGGAGCACCAUGAUCAGGUCCUGCACCUGGCCUUUUCUCACCGGGGACAUCGAUUCUCCUCCUGCUCCAAGGACUGUACGGUCAAGCUUUGGGACACUGAGCAUCCAGACGGUGACAUCUCCCUGGUGCACAGUGCCAGCAUGCGGCAGUUUAACUGGGGAUACACACAGUUCUCACAGUUCAACAGCGACGACACCCUCCUGCUGGUGUCUGGGGUCUACCUGGGCCCCCAACCCUCCUCCUCCGGUGAAAUAGCUGUCCUCAGCUUAGAGAACUACACAUUGCUGUCAAGAGUCAGGAAUAAGCCCUAUGACGUUUUUGGAUGCUGGCUGAAUGAGACUCACCUGAUCUCUGGCAACCUGCACUGGAUCGGCAACAUGACUUCCUGCACAGUGCUUUGGCUCAACAAAGCAUUCCAGGACAUAGAGUCGGAGAACGUCAAUGUGGUCAAGCGGCUCUUCAAGAUCCAAAACAUCAAUGCCAGCACCAUCCGCACUGUGAUGGUGGCCCGUUGCGGCCGACACGACUCACCUGACCUGCUGCUGGACUAUGAGGCCCAGUCGCAAGCCCAGCAGCACAGCGACUCACGGGAGCACCAGCCCCUGCUCUUUGAUUUGGGAACUUCCGACAGUGAGGACACCGACAAAGAUGAGCAGGAGGAGGAAGAGGGCGAGUGGGGCGAGAAGAAGUGCACGACGCACCUGCCCCACUUUGGCCCGUCUGGACUGGAGCACAUCAGACAUGGCCUUCGCGGUACAGCACAGGAGCGGGAGCUGGAGGCGCGGGUGGCAAAGUUGAUGGGAAGCAGACGCACCAAAGCCCCAGACCCCAGCAUGAUGGCCCCCACCAGUCCUGGGGAAGGAGAGGACAAGACCUAUCUACUGUUCACUACUGGCAGCCUUACAUACUCGCCCCACCAAAUAGGUAUUAAGCGAAUCAUGCCUGAUCAGAUGACAACAUGUGGGCCGGUGUUGGGGGAAGAACGCAGCACUGAGGAAUUCUUUGACUCACUUGAUCACGUGAUCGACAUUCACGGCCACAUAAUCGGCAUGGGCCUUUCACCAGACCACAGGUACCUGUACGUGAACAGCCGAGCGUGGCCAACAGGCUGCGUGAUCUCCGACCCCAUGUCCCCUCCACCCAUCGCCGAGGAGAUAGACCUGCAUGUGAUCGACCUGAAGAGCCUGCGAGAGGAGCGGCGCAGCCUCCGUGCCCAUCGAGCCUUCACCCCCAACAACGAGUGCUUCUUCAUCUUCCUCGAUGUCAGCCGGGACUUUGUGGCCAGCGGUGCUGAAGACAAACAUGGCUAUAUUUGGGACCGCCACUACAAUAUCUGCCUGGCUCGCCUGCAGCACGAGGAUGUGGUCAACUCAGUCGCGUUCAGCCCUGCGGACCAGGAGCUGCUGCUCUCUGCCAGCGAUGACUCCACGAUCAAGGUGUGGCGUUCGCCACGCAUGGUGCGCCUGGCCCAGAGCCCAUCGCGACGUCCCAGGCCUCGCAACCUCCUCUCCUCCCUGCUGACCCACAGGAACACUACAUCUAGAGACAAUGGCAAUCCCUGAACAAGGACUGGACUCUAGGUAGGAAAGUGGGGAUCCAACAGGCUUGAUUUUAAAAACGCUCCAAGAAUGGUGAGUUUUACUUUGUGAGAUACACGCAGAGAUGGUCUCGUGUGAUAAGCCCAUAGGAUAGAAUUAGAUGGAGUAUGAGGCAGGAGGAACAGCAGUAAUGUGUGCCUCUGUAUUCCUGUUUUGAUGCUAUACUUGGCAUGUUUCAGAAGGUCUGUUUUAGGGAAGAAGCAAAAUAUGGCUGGGAGGGGAUCGCAAACAAAUCUUCCCAUACAUUACAGAUGAGAGAUGGGUCUUGAGCUGCCAUUUUCAUUAAAUUAAUUAUGUUAGUUUGUGUUUGAUGAGCACAUCACAUUAACGACCAUAGGAUUGGGCCAUUGGCACAAAGACAUUGAAGCCAGAGCUGAAACAUAACACUAUGUAUGUAAGCAUCACUUUUGCCAUCCAUAUAUGCUUGUCAUAUAAUGAGUUCUUUUCCCAAUGGAUAAUAAGUCUAAAGACUUAGAUUCUAAUUGAUAAUGAUGUUUUAAACAGAAGCGAUAGCAAUUAUUAUUACGAUUUCCGCUGUAUUGAAAGAAGCACCUUUUCAACAUUGCUACAGAGUGAAUCUACACUGAAUCCCCUCAUGUUUUUUUUUAAAUUAAAUUACUUUGAAUGCACAACACACAUGGCUUUAUAAUUAUAGAUAUUCUUCAUUGUUCUCUGAAAGAAACACAAGUGUAAUACCUGUACAAUCACACCACUAAGAAACAUGGAGAUACUAGUUUUUUUCUAGGAAUUCUUUAUGCCAAUACAUAAUUCCUGUGAAUUUACUUUCAAUAUUUAUUGAGGUUUUUAGCUAAGAGGCUUAUAAGCACUCCAUCGACAUAAUCAGAUUUGAAGAAUUCCAAGAACUGAAUAAUUUGAGCUAAAUAAUUUAGAAAAUAAUAAUACAAAGACUAUAGCUGGCAAGAUGGUUUAACAUUACUUCUAGGUGAUGCUAAACGUGGCUGCACCUCUGAGUUUGGCUCUGCACAGUACUUUUGUUUGUUUUUUACAUAAGUUACCAUGAUUUGAGGCAAGCGUGCAAUUAUUCCAGAAAGCAUGAUGCUAAGUGAUGGGUUUCCAUUACUUUCUUGUUACAUUAGCCUCACAGCCAGUGCAAAACUAAAAACGCUAAAUUUGAACACCAUAUAUAUCUGGGUUGAAUAGUUAAUUACAUUUGGGAUAAGUGGAAAAUUUGUCAUUUUUUCACCAACCUAUUCCUUUAAACUGCCAUGAAAAAUAGAAUGACAACAAUUUUCCAUAAUUUCUAUGUAUGGAGCUGUUUAUACUCAGAAGAACCUAGUUUACUGGAAACGUCAUAUUACCUCUCGCUUAGGACGGACGGUUGGGUCUUUAAAUAACUUUCAUUGGUGCAUACUUAUUUUUUAGUUUUUACCUGUUUUAUAACUUUAUCUUUGCUCACCAAUUAAGCUAAAACAUCCAACCCUAUGUGAUAUUGUUGGAAGAAUGAUGGCCUAGGUUUCAACAGAGUUCAGUGUGCAUUUUCAACAGUUAGGGUAUGAAGCAGGUAUAUGUUGGAAUGGAAAAUUUUUUUAAUAUUUAAAAUAAAUUCUCUUCUUCCAUUAAUAUUUGUGCUAUGAGGAUUUAUGUUUAAUUCCAUACCCCCUUGUCUGUAACAUGAGUACAUAACAUAUUCAUAUUUGAUUCAUUAAACGUUUUCACAAAUUA